AUGACCAACAUAAGCAUGUCACCAUUCACUGAUGAGACCCAGUGGACAGAUUCACCUCGCGGGUUCACUGUGUCUCACUUCACUCUGUACAUGGGAGAUGAAAAUUCGGAUCGACAUCUCAAGCACUACCAUAGUACCAUGAUCCUCUACAGGAACAAUGAUGCAUUUAUGUGCAAAAUUUUUACCACAACUUUACUAGGCGAGGCGCAAGGCUGGUACCACACCCUAUCAUCGCGGUCGAUCCAGAAUUUCAAUGAACUUUCCUUGAUUUUCACUAAGGAGUAUUCGUUUAAUUGCUUAAUCAAAAGGACAUCCAACCAUCUCUUCAGCGUCAUAAAAGACCAUUGGGAGACAAUUUGCAACUAUGUCAAGAAGUUCAAAGCAGAAAAGGCCAAGAUUGCUGGCUGCAACGAAGACAUAGUAACGACAUCAUUCAGAAAUGGGCUUCCCACCGAACACCCUUUAUUCAUAGGAUUGAUCAUGGGAGAAAAACUGAUCCUAGCAGCUUCUUAUGCUUUGGCGGAAAAGCACACACUAUGGGACAAGGCCAAGCAGUCUAUGUAA